ACUUACCAAGGCACAACACACACACACUUUUACUUUGGUUCUUGGAAACAGUGGCAAGGUCGCCAUACCCUAACGUAGAGGACAUUCGUGACGUUUCGAUUCGUUUGACUUCAAAGUGAAACGGGAAAAGGAACAGACAAGUCAAUCGUUCAAGUGUGAAGAAAGAAAGAAGGAAGAAAGAAGGAGGGAAAGCGAGAGAGAAGCCUGUUCUGACGACAUGUGGAUCUGGCUGUGCCUGUCGAGUCUUCUGCUAGGAUUGGUGGCGUUGCUAUGGUUACGCGACGCCGCCAAACAACAACACUUGCCACCAGGACCGGUGGGCUUGCCUCUGCUCGGCUAUUUACCAUGGAUCGACAGCCGCGCACCUUACGAAACAUUUGGCCGUUUGAGCCACCGUUACGGCCGCAUUUAUUCGCUGAAAUUGGGCAACAUGUUGGCCAUUUUCCUCAGCGAUCCGCAGCUCGUGCGUCAGGCUUUCAGUAGACCCGUGUUCAGCGGACGGGCACCCCUCUACCUGACGCACGGCAUCAUGAAAGGCCACGGUUUGAUUUGCGCUGAAGGAGACUCGUGGCGAGAGCAUCGACGUUUCGCGAUGAACGUCAUGAAGCAGUUGGGGAUGGCCGGACGUCAAGGCGCCUCUCUGAUGGAAUCACGUGUCAUGGAUCGCGUCCUGGAAUUCGUUCAAGGAUUGAAGAGCCAAGUGUCAUCGACCAGCGGCGUGGAUCUGGUGCCGGGCUUGCGUCAUUGCAUCGGCAACAUCAUUAACGGCGUCGUUUUCGGCCGGACGUACGCGGCCGACGAUCCGACCUGGAUUUGGCUCCAGCACCUGCUCGACGAGGGCGUCAAACAGGUGGCCGUCGCCGGGCCCAUCAAUUUCCUGCCCGUUCUCAGGUUCUUGCCCAGAUAUCGGAACAUCAUGUCGUUCGUCAUCGACGGCCAAGUGGCAACUCAUCGCCAUUACCAAGAGAUUAUCGACGAUCACGAGCGCCAGCUCAAUCAGCUCGCCGACAAUCAAGGAUCGAGUCAUGGAUAUACGGACGUGAUCGAGGCCUACCUCUUGGAAAUGGCUCGACGACGUCGUGCGAACGAAGCGACUGGAACGUUCACCACUACCCAACUUUACCACGUGCUGGCCGACAUGUUCGGUGCCGGCACGGACACGGCCCUGACGACCAUCAAAUGGAUCGUCCUGUACAUGAUCCUCUAUCCAGACGUGCAAAGCAAAAUUCACGAGGAAAUCGAUCGUGUCAUUGGUGACAAUGAGAAACAUGGAAGGACGCCUUGCUACGCCACUGAUGCCAAGCGCAUGCCCUGGACGGAGGCCGUCAUAUGCGAAGUGCAGCGCAUCAAGACCAUCUUACCGCUAGGAGUGCCCCAUGGAACACUGGACGAUUGCCAUUUGGCCGGUUACCGGAUACCUAAAGGGGCCAUGGUCGUGCCCGUCUGGUGGUCCAUGAAUCUCGAUCCGACCUUGUGGUCGGAGCCUUUGCAAUUCCGUCCGGAGCGGUUCCUCGUGCGCGCGUCGGACGGCGAAUGGACGCUCGUCAAACCCGAUCAUUUUUUGCCCUUCCAGUGCGGAAGGCGGAUGUGCAUCGGCGACGAGCUGGGCAAGACGAUCAUCUUCCUCUUCACCGUCACGUUGCUCCAGCGCUUCCGGCUGGCGUUCCCGCCGCAAUUCAAAGACUAUCAGACGGUCGUCGGGACGGAUGGCCAACGGACGGAUGAAAUGCCUCAUCCCGAGUACGGAUUCACGCUCGUACCUCAUCCUUACCCAGUGGCUCUUCAUCCGCGUUCUGGAUGA